AUGGGAAGGAUCAAGGAAUACUUUCUCGACAAAGGCCUCACCGCGAGAGAUAUCCCGCUGGCGUUCGCGUUCCACGAAAUCUUCUCCAUCGCGUUCGCCGCGUCCACGUGGGUCGCCGCGUACGGCAUUCAACCGUCAAAAACGCUCUGCCAACCGUUUGCAAACGUACGCGUGAUUAAAAACAACGUCCAACCGGUGUUCCUGAAAAUGCUGGAAACGUCUUCGAAACCGGCGCGCCGAGCGGUGGAAAGAAUACCGAUGUUAGCGAAAACCGAUCCGACGCGUCUGACGGUUGCGUUAGCGGAGAGUUUGACGCUGAGAGCGUUUAUUAAACCAAUCACUUUUGGUGGGAAGUUAUGGGUGACGUAUGAGUUUAUGAAGUUUGUCAAGAGGAAGAGCGACGAGGGAACGACGACGGAGAAGACGACGAAGAAGUUAAAGAAGAAGAACAAAGUCGCGAGCGCGAGUCUCUCGCUGCGAUAA